AUGGGCGUGCGCAACUGCCUCGACGGCAAUACUAUGUCAGGACAACGCGAUAUCCCCCUUGAACUCGGGGGGCAGCCCGAGGAGCAGCCACCUUUGGAGGCCUCGGGGGCAGCUGCCCCCGGUGCUGGGCCUGGCGCAGCCGAAGGGAUGGAGACCCAGCCGCCUGGCAGCGAGCCCGUCCCCACAGAGACUGAAGGCGAGGCCUGCGGCCCUUCAGAGGUCUCCAGGCCCAGCUUCCAGGGCCUCGGCAAAGCCGACGAGGAAGCCAGAGCCCAUGGAAGCUACAGCCCACCUCCCGAGGAAGCCAUGCCCUUCGAGGUGGGGCAGCCCAGCUUGGGAGGCUCCUGGCCGACCCUGGAGCAGCCCAGAGAGGCCAAUGUGGCCCCUGCAGGCCUCGAGGCCUUCAGCCCAGGGCCCGUGGAGGCCAGAGCCCUCGGGGAGGCCGGGCCAGGCCUGGGAGGCUACAGCCCCCCACCCGAGGAAGCCAUGCCCUACGAGUCUGAGCCGCCUGCCGGCAGAGAUCGCAGCCACCCUCUCCUGGAGGUCUCAGACCUCGCUCCAGGAGGCCCGAGGGUGGGGGUCCCUCGCGCUCCCCCCGAGGAGCCCGGAGCCCUCAGACCUGCCGACGCGGGCUUCAGAGGAGGCAGCCCUCCCCCUGAGGAGGCUAUGCCAUUUGACUUUGAUGGAGCAGCCUUCGGGGACGACAGCCCACCCCCUGGGCUCCCCCGAGCUAACCUACAAAUCGACGACGGUGGCGGCAGCCAGUUCGCGGCAGUCGCGGAGCCGAGUGCGGUCCUCCUCGCUCCCGCCGCGAACGAGCCCCCCCUCCGGGUCCCAGGCGCCAUCGGCAGCGCAUCCCGAGAGGCUGUCAGAUCUGUUCCACACUUCGUGGGCAACAGCCCCCCGAUGGAGAUCGCCGGACCCCCACUCGAGAUUGGCAGCGCCCCCGUUGGGGUCCACAACGCUCCCGUCAACAUGGACAGCCCCCCAAUCGCGCUUGACGGACCGCCCAUCGAGGUCUCCGGAGCCCCAGUUAAGAGAGAGCGAGCAGAGGGAGAGAGACCCCCAGUCGAGGGCGAAGCAGCUGAGAUGGAAGGAAGCUCAGCCAACUCAGCCGCCGGCGCCGCCACCGCCGCGGAGGGACGCCAAGUCCCCUCUCCGGGAGAUGGAGCUUCUGCCGCCGGGGCCGCUCCAGACGCCGGGGCCGCUCCCGCCGCCCCAGCAGCCCCAGCCGCGCCUGCAGCCCGGGCAGCCCCUGCCGCCUCCAACGUUCCAGCCGCUGGGGCCGCCCCAGUCGCCCCAGCCAUGCCUGCUGCCCGGGCAGCCCCAGCCGCGCCUGUCGCCUGGGCAGCCCCAGCUGCCGGAGCCCGCCCCAAGCUCCAUUCCCUCAGACCCCCCAGCCCCGAGAUCCAGGCUGCCGAUCCGCCUACUCCGCAGCCUCCGCGCGCGUAUGCCUGGCGGGGCAGGUCCGAGCGCGGCCGCGACUACGACGAAGGGUCGGUCAGCAGCAGCGAUGAGUCCGACGAUGGGACCUUCGGAUGCUCCCGCUGCUUCCAGCCCCGGCGAAAUCGCCGCCGCCGAAAGCCGCAGCGUAACUUGCUCCGCAACUUCCUCGUGCAAGCUUUCGCGGGCUGCUUCGGCCGAUCUGAGAGCGCCGAGCCCAGAGCCCCGCGCGGCCCCAAGGUCAAGAAGAUUCCUCUGGCGGAGAAGCGCAGACAGAUGCGCAAGGAAGCCCUGGAGCAGCGCGCUCAGAAGCGCGCGGAGAAGAAGCGCAGCAAGCUCAUCGACAAGCAGCUCCAGGACGAGAAGAUGGGCUACAUGUGUACGCACCGCCUGCUGCUUCUAGGGAGGAAAGUGGUGCCGUACAACACUGAGGGUCGUUUCCAGCUGGACAAACCAGCGCCAGCGACCAUAAGACGACCCCGAGUCCUGGGGUGGGGGACGGCCAGGAAGGCGGGGGCCUCAGGUGCUGGAGAGUCUGGUAAAAGCACCAUCGUGAAGCAAAUGAGGAUCCUGCAUGUUAAUGGGUUUAAUGGAGAGGGCGGCGAAGAGGACCCGCAGGCUGCCAGGAGCAACAGCGAAGGUGAGAAGGCCACCAAGGUGCAGGACAUCAAAAACAACCUGAAGGAGGCCAUUGAAACCAUUGUGGCCGCCAUGAGCAACCUGGUGCCCCCCGUGGAGCUGGCCAACCCUGAGAACCAGUUCCGAGUGGACUACAUCCUGAGUGUGAUGAACGUGCCCGACUUUGAUUUCCCUCCCGAGUUCUACGAACACGCCAAGGCUCUGUGGGAGGAUGAGGGGGUGCGUGCCUGCUACGAGCGCUCCAACGAGUACCAGCUGAUCGACUGCGCCCAGUACUUCCUGGACAAGAUUGACGUCAUCAAGCAGGCUGACUACGUCCCCAGCGACCAGGACCUGCUUCGCUGCCGCGUCCUGACUUCUGGAAUCUUUGAAACCAAGUUCCAGGUGGACAAAGUCAACUUCCACAUGUUCGACGUGGGCGGCCAGCGCGACGAGCGCCGCAAGUGGAUCCAAUGCUUCAAUGACGUGACUGCCAUCAUCUUCGUGGUGGCCAGCAGCAGCUACAACAUGGUCAUUCGCGAGGACAACCAGACCAACCGCCUGCAGGAGGCUCUGAACCUCUUCAAGAGCAUCUGGAACAACAGAUGGCUGCGCACCAUCUCUGUGAUUCUGUUCCUCAACAAGCAAGACCUGCUCGCUGAGAAAGUCCUUGCUGGAAAAUCGAAAAUUGAGGACUACUUUCCAGAAUUCGCUCGCUACACUACUCCUGAGGAUGCUACUCCCGAGCCCGGAGAGGACCCACGCGUGACCCGGGCCAAGUACUUCAUCCGCGAUGAGUUUCUGAGAAUCAGCACUGCCAGCGGGGAUGGGCGCCACUACUGCUACCCCCACUUCACCUGCGCCGUGGACACCGAGAACAUCCGCCGCGUGUUCAACGACUGCCGCGACAUCAUCCAGCGCAUGCACCUCCGUCAGUAUGAGCUGCUCUAAGAAGGGAACCCCCAAAUUUAAUUCAAGCCUUAAGCACAAUUAAUUAAAAUGAAACGUAAUUGUACACGCAGUUAAUCACCCACCAUAGGGCAUGAUUGACAACGCACCCUUUCCUUUCCCCCUUGAGUGAUUUUGCGAAACCCCCUUCUCCCUUUCCGCUUGCUUAAAUAUUCCAAAUUUAGAAAGCUUAAGGCGGCCUUCAGAUAAAAAGAAAAAAAAGGCCACAAUGGUUCCCUCUCUCUUUAAGUAAUUGAAAUAACAGCAGCAAACAGAAAUAAAGAAAUGAAUUAAAUGAAAUAUUGUCUUGUGCAGCAUUAAAAAUCAAUAAAAAUUAAAUGU